ACACACACACACACACACACACACACACACACAGCACUCAGCAAGAGGCAUCACUCAGAAAGCUGAGAGCUUGAAAGAAAAAAAGCCAAGAGUGGAGUGUGCGCUUUCAGAAGUAGGCUAUUAAGGGAAGGGGGAGAGAGCGCCAGUGUGUGUGGCGCUCUUGGCUUUGUCCGGUAACCUUUAGCCUUUCAGGAGCCUAACUGCUAUGAGGUGCUACCAGAAGGAGGGACCAGGCUUGGCAGGUCCAAGGUCGGGGCUGAGGGGAGGGUGGAGGAGUGCAGAGAGAGAACACGAGAGUGAACGUUAGCUUCGGGAGGGGCAGGCGCCCCGGCAAGCAGAACCGGAAAGCCUCCGGCGGCGAUAUUAAGUAUCGGAACCGGUACCCCGAGCCCGCCUCUUUUUCACAGGGUCUCUCGUUGUCCACUUGUCUCUCUCGCAGCCCCGCGCCGGCGCCGACGUUGCAGCUGCAGCUGCUGCUACUGGGCUGCAGCUGCUGUUGCUUGCUGCCGCUGCUGCUGUUGCUGAGCUUCCCAGAACAAUGAGGCCGGUAGCGCGGGAGGCGCGGAGCUAAGCGCAGCCCCCACUCCGCCUCCCUAGGUACACUCCCUCUUCUCGUUCCCCGAGCGAGCAAAGACAAGCGCCAGCGGCCGGAGCACCUAGCUGUGGCAGCGACGGCGGUCAACAAAGCACGAAUCCAGGAGAAGGUUCAACCGCGGAGGGGGCAGGACUAGCCACAGCAGCCAGAGCAGCGGCAGCGGCGGCCACCUCGCAGGCUGCAACCGCGGCAGCCUCAGCAUGUCUGCCCCACGGCAGCCUCCGCGAAUCUUGCUUUCGCCCAGACAAACACCCUCCCUGCAGCAAAGGCGGCCCCAGAAGCAACCAAGGCAGAAGCGGCAGCUCCCCAGCUUCCCCGAUCUUUAACUCCCCGAGGGAGCCCUGCUCCUGCUCUCGCUCCCGAUCCUGCUCUUGGGUAAUCCUUGAGCCUAACCUGAUGACCCACCACCCAACCCUACUCUCCAGGUUGCCUACCACGACUUCAGGACACAGAAGUGUUGAUACGGGCUCUGCCAUGAAACCGAACUUAAAACAAUGGAAACAACUAAUGCUCUUCGGGAUAUUUGCUUGGGGUCUCCUUUUUUUAGUGAUCUUCAUCUACUUCACAGAUAGCAACACUGUGGAGCCAGUUCCGAGUUCCUUCUCAUUUGUUGAAACUAAAAGGAUCCUGCCUAUUCAAGGAAAACAGAGAUCAAUCAUGGGCGCCAUGCAUGACCCAUCUUUUUCUGCAACCAUCGAUGGGAAUGAGGUGCUUCUCAACGGAGAUCUUUUUGAUUCAUUUAACUCAGGUCCCAACAGUCUUCAGAAAUGGACUGAAAUGAAAGAUGGUUUGGAGAAUGAAGAGUUUUUUCCUUCUCAGAUGAGAAAAAAAUCCCCACGCAUUUUUUAUCAAGGGGAGGAUGACUAUUUUUUUACUAUGGGCCAACCUAUGUCACACAGCCAUGGCCAGCAGAUGGUGAAGUUCAUCACCCUCAGUGAGGAGGACCAGAAAGGGGGCAUCAGACACAAUCAAAAGAGAAUUAUCUCAAGGCACAGGAGAAGUCAGUUGCCCCACAAUUGGGAUAGACUUUAUUCGACCAUGUCUAAGUCCUUUCUUUACCGACUUUGGAAAGGAAAUGUCUCUUCAAAAAUGCUAAAUCCACGCCUACAAAAAGCAAUGAAAGAUUAUCUUACCACCAACAAGCACAGGGUGAGAUUUAGGGGAAAGCGGAACUCCAAGCUGACAAGGGAACAGCUCUUGUGUGAGCUCAGGGACCGAGUAAGUGUAAGGACCCUGGAUGGGAAGGAAGCCCCCUUUUCAGACCUCGGCUGGGAGAAGCACGUCCCUCAAGAGCCCCUGAGCAAACUGUAUCCUCAGGGUUUGGGUAGCUGUGCAGUAGUCAUGUCUGCAGGUGCAAUCCUGAAUUCCUCUCUGGGCGAAGAAAUAGAUUCUCAUGAUGCAGUUUUGAGGUUUAACUCUGCUCCUACACAUGGUUAUGAAAGAGAUGUUGGAAAUAAAACAACCAUGCGCAUCAUUAAUUCCCAGAUUCUGACCAACCCAAAUCAUCACUUCAUUGAUAGUUCAUUAUAUAAGGAUGUCAUUUUAGUGGCUUGGGACCCUGCUCCGUACUCGGCAAAUCUUCACAUGUGGUAUAAGAAGCCAGACUACAAUCUCUUCACUCCCUAUAUUCAGCAUCGUAGGAAGAACCCAAAUCAACCCUUUUAUAUUCUUCAUCCUAAAUUUAUUUGGCAACUCUGGGACAUAAUCCAAGAGAACACAAAAGAGAAGAUUCAACCAAAUCCUCCAUCUUCUGGUUUCAUAGGGAUACUCAUCAUGAUGUCUCUGUGCAAAGAAGUGCACGUGUAUGAAUAUAUUCCAUCUGUACGACAAACCGAUCUCUGCCACUAUCAUGAACUAUACUAUGAUGCAGCCUGUACUCUGGGGGCCUACCAUCCCCUGCUCUAUGAGAAGCUCCUGGUGCAAAGGAUGAACCAAGGCAUCCGGGAUGACCUGUACCGAAAGGGAAAAGCGAUCCUGCCAGGGUUUCGGGCUAUCAGCUGUCCUGCACCUAAUCAUUUUCCAAAUCCUUAAAAAAGAAAAGAAAGAAAAAGAAAAAGAAAAAAAGGAAGAAAAAGAAAAAAAAAGAUUUGCCAGAAAUAAUGUGCAAUAAGGUACUACUGUUGUACUCUACACAACAAAAGAAUACUUGAAGAUAUAUUUUAGACCAACAUAGUCUUGAGUCUUUAAACUGUAAUUUAGAAGUAGGCAUGAGGAAUCUUCCCUUCCUAAGCCAUUGAAUAUUUAUUACUGCUUUGCAAAUAGUUAAAGGAAUACAUUAACAGUAAAGCUUAGCUCAAGAAAGGUACAAAAUGGUAUAGCUAGAAAAGAAAAAUCAAUAUAUUUCUGUGGGUGUGACAUGUCAAAAAAUGUUCAUACUUUCCCAAACCACAUGUGCUCAUUUUCAGUAUGAUUUUUCAAUCACAUAUUUUUAAAAAUAUUCCUGAUAUUGGGAAAUGGUUAUACACAGCAAUUCAUAGAUUGAAAGACCUUUUGAUAUAAUCAGUGGGAUUACUUCCCCCAGCCAUACAGAUGGAAACCUUUGCACGCUUUCUCAUCCUGCCUUAUUUUUAUCCAUAAUUUCCCAAAAAAUUCUCCAUAGAGAAUGUGCUCAGUUCUCUCUAGCCAUUUAUCCUUUAUUUUCUUUUUGUUUUGUUUUUAGUAGCUUGUAAACACCAGCUUCCCCUUGAGUUAUGCAUCUGUUGUCUCUCAUUUUUGCUCUCCAGGUGAUCCACCUUUUUCCCCAGUCCUAGGUAAUCUUCUGUGUCAUUUAUUUAAAAUAUCAUCAUUAACAACAUUAGCCUGCUCAUACGUGCUGCAUAUCAUUUGGAUUGUUGAUAAUUUUCAUUUUCUAUGACAUACAUUUAUUUCUUGGUGACUGUUACUGGUAGAAUGUUUGUCUUUAAGAAAUUGGCAUUUGCAAGUGGCAAGCCGUUUAGGAUCAGUUAGAGCACAUGCAGUGUCUCAAAUGCAAACCAGCUUAAUCAUUUUCUUAUAUAUGCACAUUAAUGUUCAUUUUAAAAGAGAACUUUACUGCCACCACCCAUACAUAAUCCCAGUUUUGUGCACAUCAACACCAAGAAAACACAGUUUUUCCAUACAUGCUUUACUGCCACUGCCUCCUCCCAAAAUCCUGGCAUUUUUUAGCAAUUACUAAAUUUUUAUUUAAAUGGUUUUUUUAGUGGCAGAAACAGUCCUCUGUUGUCAGGCCUUCCCGUGCAUUUCCCUUUUAUCAUCCCCAAUUUUUUUGUUCCAUGUCUAAAUAGUUGAAUUUCUAAAACUAAAUAAAAUAAACCUCAAGGAGUCUUAAAGAAGGUAGGUUUCAAAAGCAGAUUCUAUUCAAUGAAGGGUUGGUGUCCACUUUAGUAGAGGGAGUUUGUUUUGUUGCAAUAUUUUCUUAAAGGAAUACGGGAAAGAUCAAAGAAUAAAAUGAGGAUGUAAAUAGGGAGAGUCACUGAAUUUCAUAGGAAGUUACUCUGCUCAGGCUUCUGUCUUCACCUCGAUAGCCAAGGUUCCGCUCUGUAGCCCAUUUGCAGUUAGUUUUCUAUUCUGACAAUUAUAGUUAACAAAGGAAGUAAAGAAGGCAAUAUUUGCUUUAUUUCUUUGCUUGAGCUGAUGAUAGCAUCUGAGUCUACAGAUAGCAAAGGAGGAAUGGUGUUCAGAGCAACUGUUCUAUUUGCAUAUAAAGAAUGUUUUCCACUUAGUACAUAAUGUUCUCACACAAGAUUUUUACAAGCCAUCCUGUGCUCCUAGCCUCGCUACUGUGAUAUGUAUUGACUUUCAGCUGAUUUCCUGGCAAAUAUUAGAGAAGUCAAACUCGGUUUCAGUGGAUACAUUUUAUUUCAAUGGCGGGACAAAACCAUAGAGUUAAAUCCAAAACAGUAUGAACAUGUUGCUCCACAAAAACCAGGAAAAUUCUCAAAUAAGAAGAGGAAAAUUUCCUUCCAACAUGUUAGUCAUUUGUUUUGAGGAUGUCCCUCCAUUCAAAUGAAAUCAUCAUUGAAAAAUAGUAUUAUGUAGUUUUAAGCAUUCUGGUCUUGAAGUGGAGAGAGCCUUGGUUGCAAAUCCCACCAGGAGUAUUUAAUAGUUGCUCGAUGUAAGACAAAUACUUCAGUCCAUUAAGUUUUACAUUAUUCAUCCAUAAAUUGGUAUUAGUAAUAAAAAAUGUAGCUACCUCAGGGUAGACUCAAAAUGAAUCGAUUUUACAAAGUUCUGCAAAAGUUUAAAGUGCUAAUGUCAACGCUAGAUAUUAUCAUAAUGGAAAAUGAUGAUGUUUUUCCCUUAUGAAAUACACGUCAGUGUUAGAAGGCAAAUUUAAAAUAAUUUGGGGAACCUAAAUUAAUGAGUCUUAUCCAUUUGAUAUCUUCCUAUAUCUGAAAGUCAUCCCUCAGAUUUUACCUUGGCAUUGAUGGGACAAUUUUAAAAAGCGUUCUCUAGGACCAGUGUCUGAGGAUCAGGUGAUCUGGUAGAAAGUGUUCGAUCCUUUUAGUGAACUGAUUUGUUAGUAUAUCAUGACUAAAUUCUAUUAAAAAGGAUGAUUUGCAAAUUUCACUUCUUUGCUUAGUUAAGCUGAGUAGCAGACUUCCCCUAUUAUUCACUAAUUACCUUCAAUAAAAUUCACACCAAAAAAUAUGUUGGUUUGGAAAUAGUUUUGACUUAAAGCCAAUGAGACUGAGGGUGGUAGGAAAACCUACCAUGAUGGAUUUUUUAAAAUUUAUUAUAAAUCUAUUCAAUUGUGUAAUAUUUUUUCUCACCAUAAAUUCUGGGAUGGCAAUAUUGAAUAGAAAGUUCAAUAAACAUAUUGGACAUACUAAUUUACGUGAUGACUACAGUAAGGAAAGUGUUUAGUUUUGGUUUUUUUUUUCCCCUUGAGGUAUUUUGCAUUCUGAGAUGUUCCUGUUGGUUAAAUUAAUUUCUUCAACUUUGCCCUUUUGCACCAUGUUGCUCCUGGAUCCUUGUGGACAGCAUUUUUUUGUUUUGUUUUGUUUUUGUCUCAGAACUAUCAUUUCAUCACUCUAAGGAACUCCUAGUGUGGGAUCUCCUUAUAAUGCAAAUCAACAAGUCUGUAACUUAAAGUCCUAGAGAGUCCUUUGUGGGCUUGCCCAUGUCACAAAGCCAGUAUUUGUCAGAGAAAGGACUUGAAUCCAAGUUUGACUAGUCUCUAAAUAUUAUGCUACAUUGCCUUAGCACAGUGCCUGGCACAUAGUAGGUGCUUAUUAAAUACUUGUUGACUUGACUUGUCUCUCUUGGGCAUCAUAAUUACCUAGGACAAAUUUUCACUGAUGAGCAGAAUUUGACCAUUUAGACCAAAUUCACAUUUAUGAGCCUGAAAGAGAAUUCAUAGGUAUUAUUUUAUCUUGAUAUUUCAUUUUAUUAAUCAAACUUUAAAAUUAGUUUGAGUCAUUAAAAUGGGAAAAAAUUAAAAUAACAAAACAUUUAAUGUGAAAUUUUUAGUAUUUGGUUUGUAAAACAAUUUGGAACCAACUUUGGCUGAUCUCUCCCAAAUUAUACUGUAUAUUUAUUUCAGUACAAAUUUGGCUAAAUGUGCUGAGAUUUCAACUAUUGAGUCAUUCAGAUCUCCGGCGUGUAUAUGUGUAUUAAACAUUCUGAGUAGCUCUAAUGUUACCCAAAUUGAUAGUUCUCUUCAUGUUUGCCAUGUAUUGAUAUAGUACAUUUAGUGGAAAGUAGCACAAUAUGGUCUUUCUACUUAGAGGUAGACAAAAAUACAUAGUACUCACUUAAUUCUUCUCUAGCACUGGCUCCCAUGCUCCUUCCCAAUUUGAGCAAGGAAGCUGAGCCAAAUCUCAUAGCACUUUAAUACUUUGGAGUUUAUUUCUAAACAGUCUGAGAAUGAUAAAGUUGUUAGUAAUUUGUCUCUAUUUACUGGAAGCAAAAAUCCCUUUUCCCAUAAUGAACACCAGUAUAGAAAAAUAUGUAUACAUCUUUCUUCCAUAUUUCUAAGACUUUAAUUAAAACAGUGUCCUAGGUGAUAUUAAAUAGAACUUGAGUGUUAGUGUCAGACGUGGGUAAAACCAGGCAGAUCACAGUGUGACCAUGUAUCAGGAAUAUCCUCCUUGCCUUAAUAUAUCUAAUCUAUCCCUAUGGUUCAGGGUUCUUGACCUUUUCUCAUGUCAUGGACCCCAUUGGCAACCUGGUGAAGCCUUCUCAGUUCCCUUCUCAGAAUAAUAUUUUUAAAUACCUGAAAUAAAGUAUAUAGGAAAAAAGGAAACCAAAGGUUAAUGAAAAUGAUGAUGUAUUUUUCCCCAGCCAAUCCUACAGACCCCGGGUUAAGAACUUUUGCUUUAAAAAUAAUAAUUAGUCAACAAGGUCAGUUACAGGUUCAAGAUACAAUUCAGCUCAGCAGUGUUAAUUAAUUUACUAAUUUAAUCAGUUUGGCAAAACACAGAGGUGCAGUGGAUACAGUACUGGACCUAGAUCAGGAAGACACAUCUUCCAGAGUGAAAGUCUGGCCUCAUACUGUGACCUUGGACAAGUCACUUAAACCCUCUUUGCCUCAAUUUCCUCCUUUGUAAAAAUCGGCAAACCACUCCAGUAUUUUUGCCAAGAAAAACCCAAAUGGGUUCAUGAAGAGUCAGACAUGACUGAACAACUGAUUCAAUUUCCUUAAUAAUCUGACUGAUAUUUGAGGUACUCAUCAUGUCCGCUAUUUGCUCACCAUUUAAUUUCUCCCUUUAUAGAGUUUGUAUCUAGAAGGAAAGAAGUGAUCCUAUAAGAAUACAAUGAUACAUUAAAAAUACAAAAUAGAUUUGAUAAGAAGAAACCGAGGAAGGAAAGCUCAGAAGGCAGUCCCCACAAUUAAUGAUACUCUACCCUUUUGCCAAGAGUGACACUGCUAUUGUUGCUCUCACCGCCUACAAAGUUUUCCCGUGAUAAUCCUUUGUUGUCAAGUCAUCUGGAUUUCCAAAAACAAAACUGUGAUGGAGUUAAGUAAGCAAGCCCUCCGUGUUCUCUUCAAUGUAAUCAGUAUUUCAGCAUCAUUUCCCCCGGGGAUACUGUUUCUUUUCAGUAUCAUUCAAGAAAGGGAAAAGAUCUUUAUACUAGGGAGUUAUUUUGCUACAUCAGAUUUCCUUCCUCCACUGCGAUGCUCUCUUGGUUUGAUAUCAUGUGUGUCCACGGGCAACAAAGACAAAUGGUUUAAUAGGGAGAGCAGGAAUAACCUAUUAAAUGCCUAAUUCAAGCAGGCUCGCUCUGAAUGAAGUAAGAGGCUAGAUAAUAGCAGUCUUAUGCCAUCUGAUCCAUGCUGACAAGCUCUUGAAUUAUAGAGAAUUUUUAAAAACUGUUUUUUUGUCAUGCAUAGCGUUAAGUAGAAUGUGAUGAACCUCCAUUUGGAUAACUUUGUGGAAGAAUGUUGUGUACAUCAUACAACCUCACAUCACUUUAAAAACAUUCCAGAUAGACUUUACGUGCUACAAAUGUCCAAAGUCCUCUUGCUCCCAUAUAAGGCAAAUUCCUGACGCUCUCACUUUGACGUGGCUGUGGAAACUAUGAGACUGAAGUGGGGAGACUAAUGGACACAGGUAUGCUGGUCUUAAUCUGUGAUUUGGACUGAUCGGGACACUCGGAGCAUAUGAUCUCCUAGCUCCCGGGUCUUCUUGACUUUAAGACCAGCUGCCCUGUCAAGCGUCUUCUCCCCUUUGAUCUAUUCGUUCAAAUUGCUUGAUUAUGCCAAAUUUUUAUUUUCCGAUUUUUGUGACUGUUUCCUGAUGAUUGCAUGAUUAAUCAAGGCAGCUAUACUGAGUAAAUAACGGGCCAGAGCCGGUACACCAUUACUAUAUUCUGUAUUAUUUCCAUUGAGAAAUUCUGCAGGUUUUUCUAAUACUGCCAUUUGGGCAUGAGCCUCUAUAGGUAAAUGAAGGUAUUUUUCUGUAAGUUCAAGAAAAUAGUCUCUUAAUUAUUUUCACAGCUGUGUCAAACAUUUUAAUCAAAAAAUCUGACACCCCUCUUGAGGCUUUGCUGGUGGAUCUAAAUAGAAUCAUGGCAUGGAUAUUUGUCACUAAAGAAAUGUAAUUGUAGAUACAGUUGUAUAAGCGUUUAUACACCUAUCUACACACAUGCUUUUCAUGUUGCCUUCCUUUCUGUUCCAUAGAUCUCCUUCUGAAGUCAUUUUGCAGUAAGGAUUCCCAUCCAUACUGAUUCCAGUUCAAAUGGUAGUUGUCAUUCAUCUGUUGUUUGGGGUUUUUUGUGGGGAAGGGAGAAGCGAUAGGAAUUUUGGUGAUGCUCCAGCAGCAGUCUAAGGUGUAUAACUAGUAUUUAAAUGCUAAUCAGUAAAUUAGUGUUUAAAUGCUUUGUCAGACAUCAGGGUGCCUGAUUCUAAUCCUUGAGGAGGAAUUUGAUGCAUAACCCAUGCCUUUUUGUUGGCUAAUGAAAGGCACCACUUUAAUUUCAUGAAAAUAAAUAUCUUUGCUGAUGUCAAUCGAAACAUAAAAAGUUCUGAUGGGUUAUUUGUGUAAAACUCUUACACCCAUUACCACAUCUCAUGUCCUGUUUUGUUCUAGAUGGCGCAUACUUAUUCAAUUCUUCAGAUAGAAGCCAGUGUACUUUUUUAACAGCUUUGAGGGUUUUUUUGUAUGAUGAUUUUUUAAAUGAAAUGUGUACUCUUUAAACUAAUUAAAGCUUGAGGUUUUCCAGGAGUCACAUUUUAACAGUGUUUGUAUACAUUUUAACUCUUUGAUAUUUUCUAUUUUGGUUUUGUAUAUUUUUAAGUAUGCACAGUGUACAGAUUUUUCUUGUAAAUAAAACAUGUUUUCAUUUGUCUAGGAGUACA